UUUCAAACAAAAUCGUUCGGUGUGUAAAAAUCGUUCGGUUUCUAAUUCCUCCAAAAAUGCAAUAAAGAUAAUACUUUUCAAUAUUGUACAAAAACUUGAAUAAAACUGGGGACAACUAAAUUUUGCAUUUGAAUGAAAUGACAUUAUUGGGGAAUGGAGAAAGAUCAAUCAGGUAAAGAUGAUGCAUCCUCUGCAAAAAACCAAAGGGCCGCUGAAUCUUCUUCUCGUGCACAUCAGUCAAACUCUGCUAGAAACCAUGGCAACAGUAAUGGGGGCACCACAGUCUCUGCGAUGAUAGCAAACAGUGCUUCUCAGGCAAAUCUAAAUUCUUCUGCAGCAGCAUCAAGUGGGCCGUCCAUUAGUGCUGAACGUGAGUUUGAACGGCAAGAAAGUAGCAUUUCGCUCGCAAGCAUUACCCUGUCUGACCGCAGUGGAUCGACCAAUUCCCUCAGUGUUCCCAUCAUACCUGUAACUAGUGCACCGAAUACUUCACAGGCUUUUGCAGGUCAAGGGAAUGCUCCAUAUAACUGGCAGGCAUCAAAACCUGCUGUGAAGGAGAGACUCGCAUACAUCAUGAAUACAGAAAUCAUGAGCGACAUUCAGUUCAGGGUGGGUAAACCUCCCAACACCCAGUUAAUUCCGGCUCAUAAGUUUCUGUUGUGUGUUGGAUCAGCGGUGUUUGAUGCACAGUUUAACAGUCAGAUGGCUACUAAGGAAAGCGUGAUUGAGAUACCUGAUGUAGAACCAGCUGCUUUCCUUGCACUUUUGAAAUUUCUGUACCAUGAUGAAGUGAACAUUGGGCCGGAAACUGUCAUGACAACCUUAUACACGGCAAAGAAAUAUGCUGUUCCAGCACUUGAAAAGGCUUGUGUUGAGUUUCUGAAAAGAAAUCUCAGCAGUGACAAUGCCUUUAUGCUUCUCACGCAGGCCAGAUUGUUUGAUGAGCCUCAGCUGGCUGCGCUCUGUCUCGAAUCAAUUGACAAAAGUACCUCAGAGGCUCUGAAUGCUGAAGGCUUCACUGACAUUGAUCAUGAGACAUUGUGUGUGGUCUUGGAAAGAGACACUUUGGGCAUCCGUGAGAGUAAGUUAUGUACCGCUGUAUUUCGAUGGUCUGAGGCAGAGUGCAGGCGACGCAACCAGCAUCCCACACCAGAAAACCAAAGGCUUGCAUUAGGGAGGGCUUUGAGACUUAUCAGAUUCCCGUUGAUGAGUAUUGAAGAGUUUGCAAUGGGACCCGCUCAAAGUGGCAUUCUGGAGGACAAGGAGAUUGUGGAGUUGUUCCUUUACUUCACUGUGAAUCCCAAACCAGCCACACAUUUUCAGGAUGUUCCGCGGUGUUGUCUGACGGGCAAGGAGCAGGUGGUGUCCAGGUUCUGUCAGAUUGAGAGCCGCUGGGGCUACAGUGGAACCAGUGAUAGAAUCAGGUUCAUGGUCAAUCGGCGUAUUUUCGUGGUUGGUUUCGGUCUCUAUGGCAGCAUUCACGGCGCUACUGAAUACCAGGUUAACAUACAGAUUCUGCAGUCUGACAAUGGUAAGGUCAUAGGCAGCAAUGACACCAGUUUUCAGUGUGACGGCUCCAACUCCACUUUUCGAGUGAUGUUCAAGGAACCCGUGGAGAUCUUGCCCAAUGUCAGCUACACGGCUUGUAGUACUCUUAAGGGUCCCGAUUCGUAUUACGGGUCCAAAGGUCUGCGCAAGGUCACGCAUGAAUCAGUGUCGGGCGGUAAAGUCACGUUUCAGUUUCACUACGCGGCAGGCAACAACAAUGGAACAUCCGUGGAAGAUGGGCAGGUUCCAGAGAUCAUAUUCUACACAUAAUGCUCCCCCCCCUCAGAAGCUAAAUUAAAAAAGGUUUCUACAACCAGCAUAAAACCAGAACAGCCUGCGAGUAACUCGCAGUCUGUUCAGGUUUUAUGCUGUUUGCUGCUCAUCAGUAUCUACGGGUUGGAAAUGAAACCUUGAGAACUUGAAUCUCUUUAGAAAGGUCUUAAAAUUUAAUUGAUUAUAUGAGGGACUGCAGAAACAUCAAAAUCUGAGUAGUAACGAGUUAAGACUGCAUCAUGUGAUUGUCAGCAAACACUGCGUGUCUGAUGGCUGGAACUUGCAGAUCACUGCCUGUAUGAGAAUUUCAAUAUGUUUCAUUUGUGUCACUUUUUUGGGGGAUAUAUGUUUUUAGCUCAUCUAUUUUUUGAAAAAAAAUUAUGAGCUAUUGUCAUCACCAUGGCGUCGGCGUUGGCGUCCGGUUAAGUUUUGCGUUAAGGUCCACUUUUCUCAGAAAGUAUAAAUGCUAUUGCAUUCAAACUUGGUUCACUUACUUACUAUCAUGAGGGGACUGGGCAGGCAAAGUUAUAUAACUCUGGCGUGCAUUUUGACAGAAUUAUGUGCCCUUUUUAUACUUAGAAAAUUGAAAAUUUUGGUUAAGUUUUGUGUUAAGGUCCAUUUUAUUCCUUAAGUAUCAAAGCUUAUGCUUUCAUACUUGCAACACUUACUAACUAUCAUAAGGGGACUGUGCAGGCAAAGUAAUGUAACUCUGACUGGCAUUUUGACAGAAUUAUGUGCCCUUUUUAUACUUAGAAAAUUGAAAAUUUGGUUAAGUUUUGUGUUUAGGUCCACUUUAUUCCUACAGUAUCAAAGCUAUUGCUUUCAUACUUGCAACACUUAUUAACUAUCAUAAGGGGACUGUGCAGGCAAAGUUAUGUAACUCUGACUGGCAUUUUGACAGAAUUAUGGGCCCUUUAUACUUAGAAAAUUUUGUUAAGUUUUGUGUUUUGGUCCACUUUACCCCUAAAGUAUCAUAGAUAUUGCUUUUAUACUUGGAACACUCGCAAACUAUCAUAAGAGUACAGUAAAAGGACAAGUUGCAUAACUCUGGUUGUCAUUUUUUACGGAAUUAUGGCCCUUUAUUGACUUAAUAACUUUGAAUAUAUGGUUACAUUUCGUGUUUCGAUCCACUUUACUUCUAAAGUAUCAAGGCUAUUGCUUUCAAACUUCAAAUACUUUCAUGCUAUCAUGAGGUUACUGUACCUGGCAAGUUGAAUUUUACCUUGACCUUUGAAUGACCUUGACUCUCAAGGUCAAAUUAUUAAAUUUUGCUAAAAUUGCCAUAACUUCUUUAUUUAUGAUCAGAUUUGAUUGAUACUUUGACAAAACUACUCUUACCUGACAUACCACAAUAGACUCCACCCAAACCAUCCCCUAUGCCCUCCCCGC